UUUUGUAUUUUAUUAGAUUAACUAGAUUUUUAGUUUUAUUGUUAAAAAGUUUAAUAAAUACAUAAAAUUCAUUUAAUUUAAUUAAUAAUAAUUUUUAAAAAACGUGAAAACUUAAAUUAAAAUAAUAUUACAUUAAGAAUUCGUAUGCACUAUCUUACCCUAACCAGCCAUCAAAAUGAAAGGAAACUUAAACGAAGCCUACGAUGAUGAAUCCUCCAAACCUAUUGGAAUCAGAUUAAACUCAUUAAAUAGCGAUGAUCCUCAAACUACAGCAUCAGCAAUCGCACUUCAUGCAGAUUCUCGAAUUGAAAAUGGAUACAUAGACCAAGAAUUUCCUCGAAAAAAAGAUUUCAAGUACAAAAAAGAGCUAAAAAUAUGUCUUCAAUCUUCAAUUCAUAUAGCAGUUGGUUGUUUCUUUGCUUAUGCAACUUAUUACUAUACUGUUGUAGUUCAAAACAGAAGUUACAACGAUAUUGGAUUGUAUCCAAAUGAUACCAGAUGUUACGUUCGUUGUGAUAUGCAGUUUUGUACUGGCUAUGGAUUACUAGUCUUGCUGACUGGUUUUAUCUAUGCUGGUUUAGUCUAUUACUACAUAUUGAAGCCAAAGAUCGGUCGAAAAAUUCACAUGUCGGCGUUAAAACCGCUUGAGGAAUGGUGGCUUCAAUUUAGUCGAACAACUGUGAUCUCAGCUUUAAUGAUAGCUAUAAUCUUUGUAGCACUUGCAGUAUAUCUUUUCUUCGAAACCAGGGAUAGCCCUGAAAAAUUGAUUGGUUUAGCUGCGCCAGUAUUUUUCAUCUUAACCGGAUAUGUAUUCUCGACAUCACGGAAGGAUAUUCCAUGGCGGACAGUCAUAACAGGAAUUUUAUGUCAAUUUGUUUUGGGUUUGGUUUGCAUUCGAUGGGAAGUUGGAAGAAAGAUUUUUGAAUGUUUAGGAAAUAAAGUAGCGACUUUCUUGAAAUAUUCCGAAGAAGGAAGUCGAUUUGUAUAUGGAGAACGAAUAAUCAACGAUAGUGUUUUUGCUUUUGCCACACUUCCGGUGAUCUUCUUCUUUAGUUUCUUCAUUUCAAUUUUAUACUAUUUGGGAACAAUGCAAUGGAUUGUCCUGAAACUGGGAUGGAUACUUCAAGAAAUACUUGGUACAACAGUUUGCGAAAGUGUCAAUUCGGCAGCAAAUAUAUUCCUCGGGAUGUCAGAGAGUCCUUUGUUGAUUCGUCCUUAUAUCAAACUCUUGACAGCUUCUGAAAUGCAUUCGAUUAUGGUUUCUGGAUUUGCUACUGUGUCAGGAACAGUAUUGGCCGCCUAUAUGUCAUUUGGAGCUUCGCCAGCUCAUUUGAUUACGUCUAGUGUAAUGGCUGCUCCAGCAACAUUAGCCUUUUCUAAGCUUUAUUUGCCAGAGACUGAGGAGAGUAAAACUAAAUCAAGUAACAUGCAGUUGCAAAAAUCAGAAGAUUCAUCUUUACUUGAUGCAGCCUCGAAUGGUGCCAGUCAAGCUAUUCCAAUAAUUAUGGGAAUCAUAGCCAAUAUUGUGGCUUUUGUUGCAUUUGUUUCGUUCCUUAAUGGUGUUGUCAAUUGGUUGGGAUAUUUGGUUGGAUUGAAUGAUAUCGAUUUCGAAUGGAUUUUCUCGAAGAUAUUUAUACCCUUAGCAUGGGCAAUGGGAAUUCCUUGGAAAGAUUGUGAUUUAAUUGCCAAAGUCAUUGCAUCAAAAACUAUAAUCAAUGAGUUUGUAGCAUAUGAACGGUUAGGAGUGUACAUAGAUAAUGAACAAAUCGAGCCCCGCAGUGCAGGAAUAGCUACUUUUGCAAUAUGUGGAUUCGCUAAUCCAAGUUCAUUGGGUAUUUUGAUGGGAUCGUUGGGUGUUAUGGCACCUACAAGACGGACCUUGAUUACAUCAGUUGCGAUACGUGCAUUUAUAGUGGGAAGCAUAGUUUGCUUCAUUUCAGCCAGUUUUGCGGGUCUUUUGAUACCCGAAGAAGAAACGGCGCGAGCUUAUCAGAGAUUCUUUGAAGCUAAAGCUCUAGCUAGAAAUCAUACAAUGAUUGCUGGAAUCUUGCCGCUUUAAUGAACUUGACGCAUGAAUUGUUAAUAGUUAUUUAUUUAUUUUUACGAAAUUUAGGAAUAAGAACAAUAAAAUAUGGCCAUAUAUUUUUUUUAA